AUGGCUGAUUAUUACAUAGUUGGAGUUGCAGGUGCAGGUGCUGUAGCUUCUCUCUUGGGGUUUGUUUUCUGGUACUACAAUUCUCUAGUGAGAUUUAGGGGACUGAGCACGAUGAAUACAACAGCUUCUAUGGAGUUUCGAAACGAGAACUGUGUAAAGAAAGCUAGAAAUUCGGAGGCUGUUGGGACGACGGAUGUUAUCGUAGUCGGUGCCGGUGUUGCCGGUGCUGCUCUUGCCUAUUCUCUUGGAAAGGACGGACGUCGAGUGCGUGUGAUAGAGAGGGACUUAACCGAGCCUCUCAGUAUUGCCGGUGAAAAUCUGAUGCCAGGGGGCUACCUCAAGUUGAUUGAGUUAGGCCUAGAGGAAUGUGUUGAUGAGAUCGAUGCUCAACGAAUUCUCGGUUAUGUUCUCUACAUGCACGGAAAGGAUGCCACCGUAUCUUUUCCUCUGGAAAGGUUUCAGUCCAAUGUUGCCGGAAGAAGCUUCCAUAACGGUCGUUUUGUUCAAAGGUUGCGGGAGAAAGCUGCAUCUCUUCACAAUGUAAGUCUAGAACAAGGGACAGUGACAUCUCUGUUUGAAGAAAAUGGGAUUGUCAAAGGAGUGCACUACAAAGAUAAGGGUGGUCAAGUGCUGACGGCUUAUGCUCCUCUCACAGUCGUCUGCGACGGUUGUUUCUCAAAUUUGAGACGCUCUCUAUGCAAUCCUAAGAUUGAUGUCCCCUCUUACAGUGCUGGUUUUGUUCUUACAAACUGUAAACUUCCAUGUGAAAAUUAUGGAGCUCUUGUAAUAGCACCUCCUUCACCUUUCGUGUUUUAUCCGAUCAGCUGCACUGAAAUUCGUUGCUUGGUUGAUGUUCCUAGUCGGAAUUUACCUUCAGUUUCCGAUGGCAAAAUGGCCGAUUACUUGAAAACUCAAGUGGCUCCCAAGGUUCCUCCUCAACUGUACACUGCCUUCAUAUCUGCAAUAGAGAAGAAGGGUAACAUAAGAAUAAUGCCCAAUAAAAUCAUGGCUGCUGCUCCAUACUUGACUCCCGGUGCACUUUUGAUCGGCGAUGCAUUCAAUAUGCGCCACGCUUUAACCGGAGGGGGAAUGACCGUUGCACUAUCUGAUGUUGUUUUACUCAGGGAUCUUCUAAGACCUCUGCAAGAUCUAUCCGAUCCGUCCACCGUCAGCAAAUAUCUCGAGUCCUUUUAUACUCUAAGGAAGGUACUGUAAUCCCAUGUUUGAUGU